UCCCCCUAUUUGGUUUCAAUUUUGAAAGUUUUCGCAAUUCUAGGGACGAAAUCAACAAUUAAAUGGCGGGUAAUGAGUGGAUUAACGGCUACUUAGAGGCGAUACUUGACAGCGGUGGUGCGGGGACAAUAGAGGAGAACAAGGCGCCGGUGCCGGUUAAUGUCACCGAUGGAGGUCAUUUUAAUCCCACCAGAUAUUUCGUUGAAGAAGUUGUCACCGGCGUCGACGAGACCGACCUUCACCGGACAUGGAUCAAAGUCGUCGCCACUCGUAAUACCCGCGAACGUAGUUCCCGCCUCGAGAACAUGUGUUGGCGCAUUUGGCAUCUUACCCGCAAAAAGAAACAGUUGGAAUGUGAAGAUCACCAAAGGCUGGCUAACAGAAAGUGGGAACGUGAACAAGGCCUCAAAGAUGUAACGGAAGACAUGUCCGAGGAUUUGUCAGAAGGUGAAAAGGCAGAUGUUCUUGGUGAACCAAUGGCCGCCGCGGCCGCAGGAGGAAGCCCCAAGAAGAAGUUUCAGCGCAAUGUUUCUAAUUUGGAAGUUUGGUCAGAUAGCAAUAAAGAGAAGAAAUUAUACAUCAUUCUCAUCAGUUUGCACGGUUUGGUACGUGGAGAAAAUAUGGAGCUUGGGCGCGACUCCGACACCGGUGGUCAGAUCAAAUACGUUGUAGAACUGGCAAAGGCACUCGCCAGGAUGCCUGGCGUGUAUAGAGUGGAUCUUUUCACCCGUCAGAUUUCCUCCCCUGAAGUCGACUGGAGCUACGGAGAACCCACGGAGAUGCUCAGCACAGGACCCGAAGAUGCAGACUGCAUGGAACUGGGAGAGAGUAGCGGCGCUUACAUCAUCAGGAUUCCCUUUGGCUCCCGUGAUAAGUACAUGAGAAAAGAGCUGCUCUGGCCACACAUUCAAGAAUUCGUGGAUGGAGCUUUGGCUCAUAUUCUCAACAUGUCCAAGGUUUUGGGCGAACAGAUCGGGGAAGGACAUCCAAUCUGGCCUUACGUUAUCCACGGACACUACGCGGAUGCAGGGGACAGCGCUGCUCUUCUCUCGGGUGCUCUCAAUGUUCCCAUGGUCUUGACAGGACAUUCACUUGGGAGAAACAAACUGGAACAGCUUAUUAAACAAGGCAGACAGUCCGAAGAGGACAUCAAUUCUACUUAUAAGAUAAUGAGGAGGAUAGAAGCUGAAGAGCUUUCUUUAGACGCUGCAGAACUUGUUAUCACAAGUACUAAACAAGAGAUCGACGAACAAUGGGGGUUGUACGAUGGUUUCGAUGUCAAGCUCGAGAAGGUUUUAAGGGCGCGUGCCAGACGAGGCGUUAACUGCCACGGCCGUUUCAUGCCUAGGAUGGCAGUUAUCACUCCAGGUAUGGACUUUAGUAAUGUAGUGGAUCAAGACGAAUCAGAAGCCGAGGGAGAACUAGCUUCACUUGAGGGCUCUUCGCCAAGAGCCGUCCCUCAAAUAUGGUCGGAAGUAAUGCGUUUCCUGACAAAUCCCCAUAAGCCAAUGAUACUGGCAUUAUCCAGACCUGAUCCGAAAAAGAACAUCACCACACUUGUGAAAGCGUUUGGAGAAUGCCGCCCCUUAAGAGAGCUUGCUAAUCUUACUCUUAUAAUGGGAAACAGGGAUGAUAUUGAUGAGAUGUCUGGCGGAAAUGCCAGCGUUCUAACCACGGUUUUGAAAUUGGUUGAUAAGUACGACCUUUACGGGCAAGUCGCAUACCCUAAACAUCAUAAACAAUGUGAUGUACCUGAAAUAUACCGCUUGGCUGCGAAAACAAAGGGAGUGUUUAUAAAUCCAGCCCUGGUUGAGCCUUUUGGACUUACCCUUAUUGAGGCUGCGGCUCAUGGACUCCCUAUGGUGGCUACCAAAAAUGGUGGUCCAGUUGAUAUUAAUCGGGCACUGAACAACGGUCUGCUAAUUGACCCACACGAUCAGCAAGCGAUUGCGAGUGCCUUGCUUAAACUUGUGUCGGAAAAGAACUUAUGGCACGAAUGCAGGAAGAACGGAUGGAAGAACAUACACCUAUUCUCGUGGCCCGAACACUGUCGGACAUACUUAACGACAGUGGCUGCUUGUCGGAUGAGACAUCCUCAGUGGCAAACGGACACGCCUGCGGACGAUUUCUCCUCCUUGGAAGAGUCGCUAUCCGAUUCGCUCAAGGACGUUCAAGACAUGUCCUUGAGGCUUUCUAUAGACGGGGACAAAUUAAUGUCGAUCAACGACUCACUCGAUCCAGCCGCGGGAGAUCCUGAAGUGAACGAACAUGUAAAGAAAUUACUGAGCAGGAUUCAGAAACCGGAACGAGGGCCUAAUCAAGAUUCUGAGGUGGGUAAUAAAGCGGUUGAUAAUGUGCCCGGGAAAUACCCGAUGUUGAGGAGGCGGAGAAGAUUGAUUUUCAUUGCGGUUGAUUGCUAUAACUCCGACGGGUCGCCGGACAAGAAACUGAUUAAGAUAAUACAGGAGACGUUUAGAGCGGUGAAUUCAGUAUCCCAGACUGCUAAAUUCUCCGGGUUUGCUCUCUCGACUGCGAUGCCUAUCUCGGAACUGACGGCGUUCUUGAAAUCGGGGAAUGUGAACAUAAACGACUUCGACGCGUUGGUUUGUAGCAGUGGAAGUGAAGUGUAUUACCCGGGGACUCGAAAUCAGGACGGGAAACUUUACCCGGAUCCAGAUUAUGUGUCUCAUAUUGAUUACCGUUGGGGCUCUGAUGGAUUGAAGAAAACAAUCUUGCAACUGAUGAUCAAUUCAUCCAAUGAAGGAGAAGAGAAAUUAUCAUCUUCUAAUUCAAACAGCAGCAGCAGCAGCAGCAACUUCAUCGAGCAUGAUAAUCAAUCGAGUAACUCUCAUUGUGUCUCGUACCGAAUCAAGGAUCUCAGCAAGGCCAAGAAAGUGGAUGAUCUAAGACGGAAGUUGAGAAUGAGAGGUCUGCGUUGCCAUCUUAUGUAUUGCAGGAAUUCGACAAGAAUGCAAGCCAUUCCUCUACUUGCAUCCAGGGCACAGGCCUUAAGGUAUCUGUUUGUUCGAUGGAGAUUGAACGUGGCAAACAUGUACGUAGUUCUUGGUGAAACAGGGGAUACUGAUUACGAGGAGUUGAUAUCGGGGACUCAUAAAACACUGAUAAUGAAGGGAGUGGUGGAGAAAGGUUCGGAGGAUUUGCUGAGAACUGUGGGCAGUUAUUUGAAAGCUGAUAUUGUCCCCGAGGAGAGCCCCUUGGUGACCUAUGCCACCGCCGCCACCGGAGAGAUCAAGGCCGAGGCUAUCGCCGAGGCUCUCAAACACGUCUCCAGAUCAUCUGCUGCAUGAAAAAUAAAUCAUCUCUUUUAUAAUUUAUAUUCAGUGUAGUAGAUUAAUUCAUUACUAUACACAUUGGAAAACCUCUUUUGUUUCCUUUGUAUUAUUUGUACUACUACUAUUAUCAAUU